AUGCAAUUAUCUAUAAAUAUUGAAUUACUUGAUGGUUGGACCAAACAUCAUUUCUAUAGAACUAGCUAUUAAACUAUGAGAAAUUAAGACUAAAUCCUUCUCAAAAAUUCAGCCAUUCCUGGUUAUUCUGGGCAUAUCCCAUAUACCAAAUCAGAAAAUAUAUUUGGCAGACCUUUCUCAGCAAUUACAAGAGAAGCAUUUAAUCAUGUUCCUAUUAAUAAUGAAAAAUGGAAUACUUCUACAAAGGUUUAAUUUAAAAAUCCUAAAGUAUUGGUUUCUCCUACAUAUCGCUAAACUGAUAAAGUAUUAAAGAACUAGAAGUUUCGAAAUUCUGGUUAUCUAUAAAAUAACAGUACUGGAGAUUAAAAAGGAUGGAAAACUCAUAAGAGUAUUAGAGGGAAUAAUAAAGUUACAGAAUAUAGAUAUGCUUAUGAUUCUAAAUAUGAAAAAAAAUUAUGA